AUGCCAUUGAACCCAUCUGGAGUAGCUGUGCUCUGUUCACCACGGAGGGAAGGAUCUGGUUUUCAUUUUUUAAAGCAAAACUACAAGUUACACAUUACAACCACAACAAUCUCUUAAUUGAAUCAAAACGGCCAGGGCGUGUGAUGGAUAGCAGAUGGAUUGAUGGGAGAAACCACUCAGGGGGAACCUACAGGAUGUCGUGUGUGAAACCAUUAGAAUAAUCUGGACACAGAAUGUCAUGGCUAAUGCAAAUCCUAUCCAAAUGGUGCAGUUUCCCUGUCAGACUGUAGAGAGCUCUCAAACCCACCAUUACAGCAGUACAGUUAGGCUGUUACACAACCUAAAGGCUGGACGAUCGAAGAGAAGGAUCAAAGUAUGUGAUGUGACCGUAUGCUGUAUGCUGACUGUGCUCUCCUGUUCUUUCAGCUCAGGAAUGUGUGUGUGUAAGACGGGAGUGUACGGGCCCAAGUGUGACGAGUGCCACCCAGGCUUCUUCCGUUUCAGCAGCACGGGGUGCCAACCCUGCCAGUGCAACAGCCUUACUAACUACUGCCACCCGCAAUCGGGCAUCUGUCUGAACUGCCAGGCCAACACUCAAGGACCCAACAGUGAGGAAUGCAAGCCUAGAUUCUACUGCAGCUCUGGUGCUGCCACCACCGAUGCCUGUGUCCCCUGCCCCUGUUCCAACACCACCUCCACUGGCACCUGUCACAUUGACUCUGAUGGGUUCCCAGUGUGUGACCAGUGCCUGUCUGAAUACAGCGGUCAGCAGUGUAAACGGUGCAAGGCUGGAUUCUACAGUGCCAACAGUGGGUGUGUCCCCUGCGACUGCAGUGGUAACGCAGACCCAACGCGCCCGGCCCAGCUCUGCCACCCUGACACUGGCCACUGCCUGAGCUGCACCAACAACACCACAGGGCCUCAAUGCCAGCUCUGUGCCGCCGGCUUCACAGGGGACGCCCGCGCCCACAACUGCACCCGCCCAGCAGCACGGAUAAUUCCUACGCCAGAGCCCGUGACAACGACCGAGGCCUCUAAAACCCCCACCCCUGCUCCAACCCCCAGCAGCAAGGGCCUGACCUCCACGCUGCCCACCGGUGCUCCCCCCUCUACCACUAACUCCAGCACCCUACUGAGCAUAGCCACCACCCAGGCGCUGCUCACCAGCCUGGGCAGCCCCUCAGACAACACCACAGCCGCCCUCACAGAGGUCUCCUGGACCCAGUUCAACGUCAUCGUCCUGGCCGUCAUCAUCCUGGUGGUGGUGGUGCUGCUGGGCUUCGUGGGAGGGGUGUACACCUACCGAGAGUACCAGAAUCGCAAGCUCAAUGCUCCCUUCUGGACCAUCGAGCUGAAGGAGGACAACAUCAGCUGCAGCAGUUACCAUGACAGCAUUCCCAACGCUGACGUAUCGGGCUUGCUGGAGGACGAGGCCAACGAGGUGGCGCCCAACGGCCAGCUGGCUCUCACCACCCAGGGCAACUGCUACAAGGCCUAGCCCACAGGGCAGACAGACAGACUGCACACUGCUAACAGACUGGACACACACACAGAGGCUUCCGGCCUGGCUACCUGCCUCACAGGACAGAGACAUGAAAUGGAUAAAGACUUUCAAAGCUGCUGGACACCAAACCCAAAGCUCCAUGUGUAACUCGACUCCCUCUACCCAGCUCCUCUCUCCCUCUGUGGAACAGAAGGAGAUUCUGCAUAAGGCCAUUGGCACCAACAGACAGACAAAUGAAAAAGGGAUGGUGUGUUUCUGUUGCUUUUGUCCUGGCAAAAGAUUACAAGAUUUCGGGCUCCAUUUCAGAUUGAAGUGAUUCACGUAAAAUAAGAAGUCAAUGAAGGGUCCAAAGAGACGACUGUUUUACUUCAGUUGUGCCUGCAGAGGGCACUGUUAAAGAUGUGGAUGGUUGUGGUAAUGGGGUGUUUGCCCAUGCAAGAGUAUAGGACCGUGUGUCUGUUGUAUGGACACUGUUUCUUAUGCAGUUCAAUGGCCAUCAGACCACUCAUCAGGAGACCGAGCAUUUCAGAACCUUUUAAAACGGACUAACAGUUUAAGUUACAACUUGAACGGAGAUCUGGUCCAGACAGUGAUUGUUAUUUUAAUGAAUUGUAUUUAUUGUUUCAAGUUUUGUUCUUGGGAUAAAUGUUCCACGUGUAAGAUGUUUUUCAUGGUGUUUAGAACUGUGUGCUAUAUUGAAUGCAAAUUGAAAAGUGCAACAUUUGUUCAUAUGUAUGUCUUUUUUGUUAGAUAUUGGGAAAAGUGACGGCUGCUGGCUUAAAUGACCUUGUCUUUUGUUUUCGGUUGUAUCCUGUAUGAACAAUUGCCAGGUCCUUACCUUGAGUAUUAACAAGGAGUGUUUUAGAUGAUGAAACAAACAUACCUUGUAUCCUCUCUCCACUCAGUACUGUGCAGGGCAGUAUGUCCCAUUGCUUGUUAUGAUCAUCACAUUGACUUUUUUUUACUGAUGGAGUGCUAAGCUGCUGGUCUGAGAAAGGCCUACCUCUACGGAAGGUGUUGAACACAUUCUUGCUCAAAAAGUAGCUCUAGUCCAGUUAAGCUGGUUUCAUUAAGUAAUCCAAAUCUAGGACAAAAUGAUUCUAGCCUUCAUUUCUUAUAUAGUCUUAUAUCAGUACAAAAUAGACCGAUCUUGGUAAUGUGUUGCCGGCAGCAACACUAUUAAUCCUGCUCGUGCAUUUAUGUUGUUUAUAAACUACAAUGAUAUCUAGGAUUUGUUUCUGUAAAAAUGAAUUCAUGGGUUAAGUUAUUAAGGGAACUGACUCCUCAGGUACUGCUUCUUUCCCCAGUGUGAUCACUGUAAAUAAGAGUAGGACAUUGUACAGAUGAAUGUGAAUAGGAUCAUUAUUAUUGUACAGGUAGAGUGCGGUGUACACUCAGAACAGUCGGUACGGUUACAGUUAAAGGCUCCAAUAUGGUCUGGGCACAGUCCACACAGGAAAUUAAUUAUAAAUUGACCUACCCUCUGUAUUGUCUUGCAGGAUACAUGUCAUCAUCCCUAACUACUGAUUUCAAUUAAAUUAUUCAUGGUAAAUUGUGUAAAUACCACAAACUGAAAAUUUCACAUACAAUGCUAAAUAAAAUUGGGUUUCUUGGUUA